AUGAAGCUAUCAUCGAGCAUCGCGUUGGGCCUCCUACUAUGCCUUUCAUCCCCGGUUACAUCCCGCUAUGUCUUGCGCACAGACCUCAGCCAGAAUGAUUUCGACGACCGAAGCCUCCGCGACCUUGAACCCGUGAUUGCUCACACUCCCAAGCUGCCCGAGUUGGAGAAGCGCAAGGGCGGCGGCGGAGGCGGCGGAAGAGGUGGCGGAGGUGGAGGUCGAGGCGGAGGGGGUCGCGGCGGGGGAGGUCGUAGCGGCGGAAACUCCGGGGGCCGGUCCGGGGGAGGAGGACGCCCUGGAAGUCCGGGAACAAGACCAUCUAGCAAUGCUGGCGGAUCAUCUCGCUCCGGAUCCGGUAGACCUCGCACAUAUGGCGGGGGAGGAUAUUAUGCUGGUGGCUCAUCAGUUCCGUAUACCGCCGGCAGACGCUCACCAAAAGGGCUAUUUCCAUUUUUCCUGCCCGUAGCGCUGCUCGCAUUUUUCCCGGGUCUCUGGCUCUACGGCGCCUAUGCCUACCAGACCAACCACGGUUUCAACUGGCGCAACCGAACAAGCAAUCGAAAUGAAAGCAUCCCCAUUGUCUGCUUAUGCCAGGAGUAUUCCGUGUGCGGCUGCGAUGAUAACAACAAUAGCACCUACAUCCAAUCGCUUCUCAACGAUGUGGAUCGAAAUGGUCUGCCGCGCAAUUCGUCCGUCAUCAAGACCGUGGAGGUCAACGGAACGACCAAGAUUUACAUCAAUGGCACCUUGCCCAAUGGAACUACUGCACCGGAUCCUUCGAUUACAGAGAACAUCUCCAACCAUGUAGUGCCGCAAAUCUUGCGGCUGAGUGGCUACUGGACGAUGGCAGCGAUCGUUCUUGCGACCGUUACACUGCUUUAA